AGUUGACAUAAAUUUCACAUCUACAAUGAAGCCUUAGCAUAACCAAAACCACCCAAAAGUUGUUAAAGAAAUGAUGGAGGAACACACAGCACGCGCCGCCGCCGCCGCCGUGCCCUUACCACUUCACUCCGAAUCCCCACACAUCUCUCGCCGCGCCACCGCCUUCAACCGCGUCUUCGCCGCCUUUUACACUGCCGCCAUCUUAACUCUGUUUUAUUAUCACUUAGCUUCGCUUCUCUAUCCCGCCUCUUUUACUUCCUUCUUCGUCUCUGUUCUUCUGUUCAUCUCCGACGUCGUUUUGGCCUUAUUCUGGGCCGUCACUCAAACCAACCGCAUGAUUCCCCUCCGCCGCCGGGAGUUCCCCGGAAACCUAGAACAGUUACUAAAGAAGGAUUCGGACUUUCCGGCGCUGGAUGUGUUCAUUUGUACGGCAGAUCCGUACAAGGAGCCGCCGAUGAAUGUGGUCAACACGGCCUUGUCGGUCAUGGCCUAUGAGUACCCGACCCAGAAGCUUUCGGUGUAUGUCUCCGACGACGGCGGCUCUGUUUUGACGCUGUUUGCUUUUAUAGAGGCGGCGAGGUUCGCCGGAGAGUGGUUGCCGUUUUGCAGGAGAAACGGAGUGGUUGAAAGGAAUCCCGAUGCGUUCUUCGCUUCAAACAAAGAUUCCAACUCUGAAAAGGAGAAGAUCAAGAUAAUGUACGAGCAAAUGAAAAUGAGGGUAGAAAAUGCAUUGGAGAAAGGGAAGGUUGAAGAUGAACUCAUAAAUGGAGACGAAGAGCGUAUGGGUUUUGAUAAAUGGACCAAAUCCUUCACUCCUCGCAAUCAUCCUCCCAUCAUUCAGGUGUUGUCCGAGAGUAGCAAAAACAAGGAUAUGCCGAAUCUUAUCUAUGUUUCAAGAGAAAAAAAUGCAGCAUCUCAUCACCAUUUCAAGGCCGGUGCCCUCAAUGCUCUGCUUCGAGUAUCAGCUGUAAUGACCAAUGCACCCAUUAUUCUCACUUUGGACUGUGACACUUAUUCCAAUGACCCUCAAACGCCAAGCCGAGUCUUGUGCUACUUUUUGGACCCAAAAGUUGCCACCAACUUGAGCUAUAUUCAAUUCCCCCAACGCUUUCAUGGACUCAGCAAAAAUGAUAUCUACGCUAGUGAAUAUAAGCGCUUGUACUUAUUCAAUCCUGUUGGUAUGGACGGCCUGUUAGGCCCUGCUUAUCUCGGCACCGGCUGUUUCUUUGCUCGACGUUCUUUCUUUGGAGGCCCCUCGUCGUUCGAAGCGCCAGAGCUCUCCAAUCUCCACCCAAAUCAUGUCGUGGAAACACCCAUUAAGUGUCGGGAAGUGUUGGACCUUGCCUGUGUGGUUGCGGGGUGUGAGUAUGAAACGCACACCAAAUGGGGUUCCAAGCUGGGUUUUAGAUAUGGGUCUUUAGUGGAGGACUAUUUCACUGGGUAUCUACUGCAAUCCGAGGGGUGGAGGAGUAUAUUCUGCAAUCCAGACAGAGUUGCUUUCUAUGGCGAUGCGCCGAUGAAUCUUCUCGAUGCAGUGAAUCAAGUGAAAAGAUGGGUAAUUGGGCUUCUUGAAGUGACGUUUUCCAAGUACAGUCCUGUCACUUUUGGGGUUCGAUCCAUUGGUCUUCUCAUGAGCCUUUCUUAUUGCCAUAACUUAUUAUGGUCAUUUUUGUUCUUCCCUGUCUCUGUUUAUGCCUUCCUCCCUCAAUUGGCUCUCAUCAAUGGCGUCUCCAUCUUCCCCAAGGUUUCGAAUCCAUGGUUUGUAUUGUAUGCGUUCCUCUGCCUCGGAGCGUAUGGGCAAGACCUGGUUGAGUUCCUGCUCGAUGGGAACGCAUUGAAGAAAUGGUGGAACGAUCAAAGAAUAUGGAGCAUAAGAUCGUUGUCCAGCUACUUAUUUGCAUCCAUGGAGUUCUCGUUGAAGUCCCUCGGCGUUUCUGGUUUUGGUUUCAAUGUCACGAGCAAAGUAGUCGACCAAGAACAGAGCAAGAGAUAUGAGCAAGAGCUGUUUGAAUUCGGAGCCUCGUCGCCGAUGUUCGUGCCGAUGGCGACGGCUGCGACAGUCAAUUUGGUGGGGUUUGCCGGUGGAGUGAUCGGAAUUUGGAGAUCGAGGGGCGUUUGGGAGGAAUUGUUUGGUCAAAUGGUUGUGGCGGGGUUUGUGGUGGCCAAUUGCUGGCCGCUUUAUGUGGCCAUGGCGUUUAGGAAAGAUGGAGGGAAAUUGCCACUCAAAAUUACGUUUUUAUCCUUCUUCCUAGCUUUGCUUCUUUGUUCUUUUGCUGCUUUUUUGUUCUAGCAAAUGGUAGGAAACUCUCCUUAUAACCAAGAUAUUGUAUUUGAUCGAUGGUAAAGUGAGCUUAGCGUAUCGGAUAAUCUUUGUCAAACCGACCAUCUAUGAAGACUUCGAUCUUAAACUUCUAA